CCAUUCCGACCGAACCCUCCUCCGGCAACUCAACCUACCUCUUACCUACCGCCUACUCACCUUUACCUUGUCCACGUCGUCGUCCGCCGACCUUACCUGCCUACCCGACCUACCCACCUCGUCUAUAGACAUACUGACCUCUCGAUCGUCUCCGGAUCCUCUCACGCGAUAGAUAUUAUACAGCCUUGCGCAUCUCAACCUCGAUCACCUCGCAGCCGAUAAUCCAUUGCCGUCUCCUCCUAGGUCCCGCCGUCGAGAUCGACUUGCCGUGCAGGUCGCGCGCGUGUCUAGGACGAAUAUCGGCUAACCCGCCGAAGCUAUUGGAAUCUGGGCGACUCGGACAUCCCAACAACGGAUACGCCCGACACAUUGGCGGCGUAGCCUAGACAGCUUACUCAACGCGAAUCUGUGCUGUCUAGUGAAUUUAUCUCUCACCAUAACCCUGUGUCGCUGCUUUCUAUAUAACCUCAUCGCAUGACUGUGGCCAUCGCCUGCCUCUUCCCUCGCUGACUGACUGCCGCGCUCCGACGCUGGCUUGUCACGACCAACCCCCCGCUGCACCGGCCAUUCGCUUGCUUACGCCUCCGUUAUGGCGAGUUUUUUGAACAAGUGGAAAGCCGGCGCUGCCUCUGCCACAUCCCCAGCAGGCAAAGAUGCACAGAAGAAGAAGGACGAAGCCGCGCCGGAGGUUACGCCGUUAGAGAAGAUGCUCCAGAAUGCCGGCGCACUCCGACAAGACGGGAGUGACAAGUUCUUCGGCAUGGAAAAUUUUGGUAAUACCUGCUAUUGCAAUUCUAUCGUCCAAGCCCUCUACUAUACCGCGCCUUUUCGAGAACAAGUCCUCAAAUUUCCACCGCUGUCCCCUUCAGACACGCCCAACGGCAACCGACCCAGGGUCAACGUGCAGAUCAGAGCCCCGGUGGCGAAUGGAAGCGCGCACGGGGGCGCGAAUGGGAACAAGAAGAGCCUCGCCGCAGAAGCUAUAGAGAAGCGGAAACAGAUCAACGCAGGACAACAACCACAGCCAGUCCGACCAGAAGACAAGCCCGACACCCCGGAAUACAAGAAGAAGCAGGCCAUGCUGAAAGGCCCCAUAUUAGAGCUGGCGCAGGAAAGUACUAGCACCUACGGCAUGGACGAGUGUACCUUCACGGGCCUGCGAGAUAUAUUUAUGGCUCUCGUCGACAGCACUGUCCGUACAGGAGUCCUCAGCCCGCAGCGCUUCCUCGAGAUAUUCAAGCGCGACAACGAAAUGUUUCGGAAUUCGAUGCACCAAGAUGCUCACGAGUUUUAUGGGCUCGUGCUCAAUGACAUCAUCUCCAAUGUUGAGAGCACUGCUAAUCGGUUGUUAAGCGAAGAGGCGUCCCUUCGUCAUGAGGGUCUCGAGGAAUCCCUCAAAACUGCUCUAGGCGCAGUCGCCAAGACCACUUCGAACGGCACGAACUCCCCAGGGACGGGCUGGGUACAUAAUAUCUUCGAAGGUGUGUUGACGUCGGAAACCAAGUGCCUAACCUGCGAGACUACUUCACGGCGCGACGAGACCUUCCUGGAUCUAUCGAUCGACCUAGAAGAGCACACUUCGGUAACCGCCUGCUUGCAAAAGUUUUCAGCCGAGGAGAUGUUGUGCGAAAGGAAUAAGUUCCAUUGCGACCAUUGCGGAGGCUUGCAAGAAGCCGAGAAGCGGAUGAAGAUCAAGCGAUUACCCAAGGUUCUCGCGUUGCAUCUGAAGCGGUUCAAAUAUACAGAGGACUACAGUCGGUUACAGAAGCUUUUCCAUCGUGUGGUGUACCCGUAUCAGAUGAGGAUGUUUAAUACAACAGAAGAUGCCGAGGAUCCAGACCGUCUCUACGAGCUCUAUGCGGUCGUCGUUCACAUUGGCGGCAAUGCAUACCAUGGACACUACGUCGCGGUAAUCAAGACAGAGGACCGAGGCUGGCUCUUAUUCGACGACGAGAUGGUGGAACCAGUCGAUAAGCAUUAUGUCCGAAAUUUCUUUGGAGACAAGCCGGGAAUGGCUUGUGCGUAUGUUCUAUUUUACCAGGAGACAACAUUUGAAAAGGUGCGGGCCGAGCAGGAGGCAGAGGGGCUUGAGGAGGUUAGGAUAGCCAGCGAGACGGCUGGCAUUGCUCAAGAAGACGGCCAGCCGAACGGUCAGAUCCCUGGGCUGACAAGACAGGUGACGCAACCGAUCCGACCGGCUGAAGAGCCCGAGGGAUUGACUACACUGGACCACGCUGCCACAGCACCUGACAUGAUCUUUGACCUAACGAAUCCUUUACCAGCAGCGCCGCAGACCUCGGAUCAUGCAGCGCCGCCGAUCCCCGCAACCCCGGCUGGGGUAACCGCGGCUAAGGAGGACGCCAAAUCGAAGGAGGACAAGAACCGAGAGAAGAAAGAAGCAAAAGCUCAAGAAAAAGCACGCAGAGUAGCAGAAAAAGAGGAACACAAGGCCAAGGAGAAGCAACGCAAAGAGGCUAAAACGCGGCUCCGUGACGCCCACAAGACCAAGCAUGAUGAGUUGAAGAAAGCUCUCGAGGCGAGCAAAAAAAUAAACGAAGAAGAGGGCAAGAGGGAAAACGAGGAAGAAAAUAACGUACCGCCGCUAGCGAAGCCGAUCAAGGAGAGUAAAUCUAUGUCUAGAAAGAGCUUUGGAUUCUUGGGUAAGGACAAGACGAAACGCGAUAGCUUAGAGGCGCCGGCAAACGGACAAAGCGACGAGAGCUCGGCACAUAAUCACAACAAGCCGGAGCAGCCCAAGCCGAAGAAGAGCUUUAGUUUCAACCUCGGACGAAAAAAGAGCCAUCACAACCUGUUGUGAGGUGAUUUAUCCGGUGGUGUUUGUUUUUACAGGACCCGUUUCGGGGGGUUAGUUCUGCGCAUACCCCAAUCCGGCCCUACCACAACGGAUACGGCAUAGAUGGAGUUCGGGGGGUAUUAAAAUGAAGUGCGAGGGUUCGUAAGCAUUGGCGGAGAAUACACCGCGGCUGAGGCUCGCUACGGAUACUGUUGAGAGGGGAGGCUGCCUUGGCACUGGCGGCGCUUGACAUCGAUGCCGCUCGCAUGUUGCCAUGGGUACAUGGUGUAUGAUAAGGUCAGCAGCUUGGGGGGGAGGGAGGUGGAGGAGAGAGAGAGCAGGAUAUAUCCGCCGAGGAAAGGUCGGGGGGGUACGAGAGAAGAUAGAUCAUCUUGAUUAGAUCAUCUCGGUUGCCAUCGAUCGAGCUAACCCGAUUUUUGACGUAGCUUCGUUGGCAUAAUAAUACACUAUUAUUCGAGUACGCAUCACUGCGUAUU